AUGGCCAGUUUUGCCAGAACCAUCAAAUCUCCUUACUUAUCACCCCGAAUUCGACCUUCCAUGCCGGGCCGCUCCAUGUCUACGAAUUCCGACCAAGCCAACCCUCCUCAAAGCCCACGAUCAGGUGAAAUCAUCGGCGAAUUCGACCUGUCUGGGCGAAACACCCCAGCGAUUCCACCCCAAAGAUCAAGUGAACUGCAAGACGGAUUCUUCGACCUUGAUGACAUUGAACCUCGCACUUCCUACUUCUCAGACGACAACGAGAGGUCUGCUCCUGGCACUCCAUCAGCUCCAUCAGCUCCCUCAACCCCGCGCAGCCGCAGCCACGUUCGACCUAUAGCUAUCGAUCUACCUCAAAUCAGACGUUUCACUUCCGCUCCCGCACGCACGCCUCCCGAACCCUUAUCUGCAAGAGGUGACCUUCCUGGAGGUUACUUCCCACUUCACGAGGAUCCCAACAGCCGUGUCCAUCGGCCACACCCUUUCCAGCAUCAUCCCGACACUCGCAUGAGUCGUCUCAUCUCUGAAUCUGGACCAAUCUACGCGGACUCUCCCACUUCUCAUCCAGCUCAAAGUGUAGUCAUGUCUCACUCAAACACUCCCGUAGCCUCCUACCUUGCCCCAGGCUUCCAUGACCACCCUGUCCCCAUGGGCAAAUACUACCCAUCCAACUACGAAAGUAGAAAUGGCGCCCAAUCAAAUCUGCGUCCUCCCUUGUCUGGAAGCGUGUCUUCCAACAUUGGAUCCGAUUCCAGUGCAAUCCCCAAUGCAAGUAGCCUGUCGAAACAAGAGACCGAGCUUCGUCGCAAGUUACUACAGUAUCAACGCGAUAUGGUUACGCAAACAAGUAUGGCUGCAAAUGAACUCAUCAGUAGCUCAGCCAAGUCUGGCGACAAGCCUGGACUGUCACUCAAGGACCUUCCCUUCCGGGACUCUCGCUUUGCUACUCCCGGCUGUCAGAAGCCCUUAUCACCCAGACUCCUUCCCAUAGGAAGUCCUGGCCCUGUCACCCCCAUUUCACUUGAAACCGUUGGUAAUGGUGACUACAUGAGUCGCUAA